AUAACCCUGCUCUUGUGAAAGCUGUUGUGUGUGCUGGACUGUACCCUAAUGUUGCCAAAAUAAAAUCCCUUCCUUCCAAAUACAGAUCUAUGAAGUUCCUGACGAAAGAUGAUGGCAGGUGUGAGUUACAUCCAAAGUCUGUUGCCAAGGAUGUACACUCCCCGGGAACACAGUGGGUUGUGUUCCAUAAGAAAAUGAAAACUACAGCAGUAUAUGUUUACGAUUGCAGUUUAGUGUCGCCAUAUUCUCUUCUGUUCUUUGGUGGAGAUAUAAAACAAAUUAAGGAGGACAACAUUGAUACUGUAUGUGUUGAUCAAUGGAUCAAAUUCAAAGCUUCUCGUGAUACUGUACAGCUAGUCAAGGAUUUAAGACAAGAACUUGACUUGGUAUUAGAUGGCAAAAUAUCAAACAGUAGGAACUCUGACUGGGGCCCAAAGUCUAAAGAAGGGGCCAUAUUAAGGGCCAUUAUAGAUCUGGUUACAACUGAAGAUGCCUCAAGUAAUUUUGAAUGUAAACAGAGGUGAUGAUUUGACAAGAUCCAUGCUGACUAUUUGAUUACAUUGACAGUUAUCUGUGAUAAUGAUGAACAAAGAGUUUGACUGAUACCCGGCUAGACAGCGAUCCUCUGUGAGCUAGUGGAACCAGUAGUCUGUGUAGGUCUGUGGAGAAUUCAAUGGAUGGAAUUAAAGCAUGUUUUGUUUGAGUUUUCUUUCUCUGAUCAUGUGAUACUUAAAGACUGAUGUAAAGUUUGUUAGGUGAGAAGAGAAGAAAAAUAAAGAAGUUGAAUAUG